AGCUAGAAAGAACUGUCUUGAAGGAGAAAGAUACGUUGUUCGUGCUAACGUUUUGUAAAGUAUCCGAGUUUUAACCACAAAAAUGUCUAAACUAGAUAUGUUCAGGGAUUUUAUCACUCGGCGAUUAACAACGGCCACUUUGGAGAUAUUUAGGGCAGCUGAAAAGUCGUUUGCCGAGUUCGAAGGGGAGAUUUCUCGUUCGAAAGAGGAGAGCGCGCGACUGCAACGGUUGUUGGACAAUGUUACUCAACCUGAUAUCAAGCUUCAUCGAACAGAUGUGCAGCAGCUCUCUUUCCCGGAACCCCCACAGAUUAAAGAGGAACAGGAGCUGUGGACGAGUCAGGAGGAAGAGCAGCUCCAAGGACUGCAGUCUGAAACUACACAUUCCGUGUUCACUUCUACCAGUGUGAAACAUGACUGGGAUCAUGAGGACUUUUCUGAAUGUUCACAUCUUGUCCAAACUGUUAAAGUGGAGAACAGUGAAGGAGACUCUCUUCCCACCAACACAACUGAGGAGCAAAUCUGUACAGAAUUUUGUGUUCAAGACUAUGCAGCACCAGAAACAGGCAGUGACUCUCAAAACAAUGAGGCUCUGCCAAGGGAAAAUAUGCACCCCACAGAGAAAACAAUACAUCAAUGUCAACAGUGUAACAAAACUUUUGGUCGAAAAGGUGCUUUGGUUUUUCAUAUGAGGACACACACAGGAGAGAAACCUCAUCAAUGUCAGGAAUGUAACAAAAGAUUUCGUAUUAAGUCAGAUUUGGUUAUGCACAUAAGGACACACACAGGAGAGAAGCCAUAUCAGUGUCAACAAUGUAACAAACGUUGUAGUAAGAAGUCAGAUUUGGUUGUGCACAUUAGGACACACACAGGAGAGAAACCUUAUCGGUGUCAGGAAUGUAGCAAACAAUUUGCUCGAAGUGACACGCUUGUUGAACACAUGAGGACACACACAGGAGAGAAACGAUAUCAGUGUCAACAAUGUAACAGAUCGUUUCGGCGUCCAUCUAUUUUGAUUGAACACAUGAGGAAACAUACAGGGGAGAAACCAUAUCAGUGUCAACAUUGUAACAAACUGUUUAGUAAGAAGUCAGAUUUGGUUGUGCACAUUAGGACACACACAGGAGAGAAACCUUAUCAAUGUCAGGAGUGUAACAAACCAUUUGCUCGAAGGGGUGCUUUGGCUGAACACAUGAAGACACACACAGGAGAGAAACCGCAUCAGUGUCAACAAUGUGACAGAUCGUUUUGCCGUCCCUCUCUUUUGGUUGAACACAUGAGGAAACACACAAGGGAAAAAACAUUCCAGUGUCAACAAUGUAACAAAUUGUUUGCUCAGAAGGGUCAUCUGGUUGAACACAUAAGGACACAUACUGGAGAGAAACCAUUUAAAUGUCAGGAAUGUAACAAACUCUUUUCACAAAGCAGUUCUUUGCAUACACACAUGAGGACACACAGGAGAGGAACCGUGUCAGUGUCAACAAUGUAACAGAUCUUUUUCAAGUAGGCUGAGGCCUAUACUUCAAAGUAAAUUCAAUAUACCUGAGAUAUCAUUUAGUUAUAUGGUUUCACUAAACCGCACCAAGGUUGUUCCAGGAUCAGAAUGUGCCUCUGAGGAGUGACCAUGCAUACCAGUAAUGAUAAUUGAUCUUCGUUUAGAAAAGGCAAUGAGUAACCUUAUGGGAAAAUAUGAAUUUUCUUGUAAUUUGGGAUAGGGUAGGUGUUGAGGAAUAAAACUCUUUAAAGCUUUGUGUCUCUCUUUUUGGACUAUCUGGUCAACCCUUUGAUAGAGAACUUGGGUCUAACGUGACCCAGGAGAGUUUAUAUUUUCUAUAUCU